GGACUAUUUUCAAAAUGUCAGCGCCCUUAGUUUUUCAAAUUUCUUUCAUUAUUUUGUUUUUGUCUGUGAAUAUAUCGUUACAGAAAAGUCAGGAUGAAAAAGUUGAAGAUUUCUUUCAAAGCGAGCACACAAAUAACUGGGCAGUCUUGGUAGACACAUCAAGGUUCUGGUUCAACUAUCGCCAUGUUGCCAACGUUCUUUCAAUGUACAGAAGUGUGAAGCGGUUGGGUAUUCCUGAUAGUCAUAUUAUUUUGAUGGUGGCUGAUGACAUGGCCUGUAAUCCCAGGAACCCACGCCCAGCUACAGUGUUCAAUAAUGCCAAUGAACAAAUCAAUGUUUAUGGAGAUGAUGUAGAGGUGGACUACAGGGGCUAUGAGGUGACUGUAGAGAAUUUUAUCCGAGUACUAACUGGACGUCUUCCCCCAAGUACGCCAAGAUCAAAGCGCCUCCUCUCUGAUGACAGAAGCAACAUUCUGGUUUACAUGACAGGUCAUGGUGGAGAUGGGUUCCUGAAGUUCCAAGAUGCAGAAGAGAUCUCAAGUAUUGAACUUGCUGAUGCUUUUGAACAAAUGUGGCAGAAGAGGAGGUACCAUGAAGUGUUCUUCAUGAUUGACACAUGUCAGGCAGAGUCAAUGUUUCAGAAGUUCUACAGUCCUAACAUUCUUUCUAUCGCUAGUAGCAAAGUUGGGGAGGACUCAUUAUCUCAUCACGUGGACCCAGCUAUUGGUGUGUACAUCAUUGAUAGAUUCACAUACUACGCUCUUGAGUUCUUGGAGAAGUGCAAACCAGAUAGUAAAAAGACAAUGGGUCAAUUUCUCAAAGUGUGCCCCAAAAGUAAAUGCAUCUCAACAGUUGGUAUCAGGACAGAUCUGUUCCCUCGUAACCCUGAUAAAGUUCUCAUCACAGAUUUCUUUGGCUCUGUCAGAAAUGUAGAACUUACAGAUUCUCAGCUUGAAAUCACUGACUCACCUCAAAACACAUGCAGUGAUGAUACUUGCUCAAAUAAAACCAAAGAUACACAACCAGUUAGUCCUAGUAAAAAGAAAUACAGAUUUGCCAGUCAAUUCCCCACAGAAUUUCUUUCAAACUCAAGGUGAUACAAACAAAGUGAUAUGAACUAACGUGAACAAUUGUGAGAAACAUUAAAUAACAAGUGACUAUGUAUGUGAUAGGAACUGUGAACUGCUCAAGCCAUAGUUAACAGUACUUCAAUUGUUGAAAGCACUAUUGAGAGCAUGGAGUGAAGAGAUUUUAAUAUUGGAAGACACUCGGACUUUGGACAUGGAAAAUAUAAGAGGAUGAACAAUAUUGCACAUGGAAAAUAUAGGAAGAUGGACAAUACUGGAUGAUGAAAAAUCUUGAACAGAAUGAGGGAUGGGCAUUUGGGCAAUAUUGGAAGGAUCAUUAUGAGAAUGUAAUCAGGUUGUGAGAAUUGUGAAUCCUUUCAACAUCUCAUAAUGGCUCAGUUAAUGUGCAAUGGGAGUGCAGUCAGUAUGCUAAAAACAAUGUAUGUGUAUGAUCAGUGUUAAAAGGAUUCAAUAAAGUACAUGGCCAGAUUAAUA